AUGGAGAGCCCCCGCCUGCGGCUGCUGCCCGCGCUCGCCGCCGCCCUGCUGCUGCUGCCGCCCCUGCUGGGCGCGCGCGCCCAGGAGGACGCCGGGCUCCAGCCCCGAGCGCUGGACCUCUACUCCGCCGUGGACGAUGCCUCCCACGAGAAGGAGCUGAUCGAAGCGCUGCAGGAAGUCCUCAAGAAGCUCAAGAGUAAACGCAUUCCCGUCUACGAGAAGAAGUACGGCCAAGUCCCCAUGUGCGACGCAGGAGAGCAGUGCGCAGUGCGAAAAGGAGCCAGGAUCGGGAAACUGUGCGACUGUCCCCGAGGGACCUCCUGCAAUUCCUUCCUCCUGAAGUGCUUAUGAGGCACCUACUCUUCUCUUCUCCUUGAUGCCCCAGUCCUCCCAGUUUCCCCGAGAGGCGAGGACCAGCCUUCAUCCCUGGAGUUUGGCUUUAGCAACGAAGUUUGCCUUUCCCUCUGAGGGCAGGGGCUCUUUUCCUGCUAUUUCCGAGUAAAAUAAUUCAUUAGAUGUUACUGUGUGACGGAUGAUGCCUUGUGUGGUGUGCCAAGUAUUCUUUCUUAUUUUAUUUGUCUGACAAACUCCUGUGUAUCUUUGUGUCAAGAAGGGAAUUUCGCCCUGAAAAUUGUAUUUUUGUAUGUGGCGUGGCAGGAUGAAAAUUAGAUCUAGCUAAUCUGGGUAAUUGACAUCACAUCCUG